ACGUCUCACAAGAACAAGAGAAUCCGACUUCCUGUGAGUGGCGGAAGUUUUUAAUCGAGGAAUUUAAUCCCAAUAUUCAUGUGCUGAUAUUCUGUUCAUCAGCUGGAUUUUCUUCAUUCAUCAUGUUCUACAGUUUAAACUGACUCUGGGACUUAAAAAAAUGCCACAUGAAAAGACCCGUAACAGCCCUGACUCCUGUAAUGUAAUCUCCCUGGACCGGAGGAGAGCUCUGACCCUCUCACCUGGGAUCAGUCGUGACAGUCCGUCUGAAAGUCCUCUUAAGAUCCCCAGGAGAGUUUCCACAGCAGAGGAUGAGUGUGUGGAUACAGAGAUGUCAAAAGAAAGGAAAAAUAGCCACUCCAAGAUCCACUGGACACAACUGGCCCCAAAUGGUACAUCCUCCCAGUCAGAUCCCAAAUCACAAAAACAAAGCGAUCAAGAACAUGUAAUAUUGCAGGAAAUCCACAGGCGUCAGAUCAAGGUGGUUUUAGAAGAUGUUCUUCAGACAGAGAUCGGGCAGAGCUUUCUGAGAUGCGGCAGGCAGAGUUGCCAAAAGACAAACCAAUCCGAGAGCAAAAGGCGGAGUGAUCACACCUCAACUGCUGCACUCACAGACAAGAGGAGAACCAGUCUAACAAAAAGAGGAGAAACAGACUCUACUGGACCAAAAUCCACUUCACCAUCCCAUAACCAGGCUGAGUCAUCCUCUGAAAAUGAAUCACAUCCACACAAAGAAAACAAAAGUCCAAAACAACUGAACUCAUCAUUGAAACUAUUAGAGUCAUCUGAAGUAUCUGAUAACUCUUGUUCACCCAGAGAAAGUGACUCACCUCAGGUUGUUCAGAUUAGUGAACAGUUUCCUAAACAGACCAAACCAUCUACUUGUGAAGAGAAUGAAGUAUUACUUCUUGAAGUAUCUCCACAACAUGAGCAAGCAAUUUCCUCUGGAUGUGAAUCUGUAUGCAGCCCCUCUUCAUCAUUAGCAACGCGGGGUUGCCUGAGAGAGAAAAAAUCAGGUGGCGAGCAUCUACCGAGUAAGGAAGAAAGGAGAGAAACACGAGAGUGCCCGAAGUAUGCUUCAGAUGAAAAGGAAAAUCACUCGCUCAGGAAUGGAGAGGUGGUGCAGGAAAUAGAUGGAAUAAGAGGAAGUGUGUUACGCCUCUCAGUUGGGGUUGACAAUGAAGUCCCAGUCAAAAGAUGUCGUAUGGACAGCCUUUUAGGUGAACAGGUUCCCAGCUCAGACCCUGGCUCUGGGAGUGUCAUCUUAGAGUCCUCUAAGCACAACCAGUCUGAACUUAUUGUUCUGUCCAGUGAAGAGGAAGAGGAAGGAGAGGAAAGAAAAGAGGUGGAAACCUCUGCCCUAAACAUCCAGCCACUGGAGGGUGCAAAAGACAUGAAUAUAGAAGAUAAAUCGAGUUCUGUUGUGGUGAAGUGCCAGCUGUCUUCCCUUCACAUGGGUGGAGUUAGUGCUGCUUGUGAGAGUGUAGAGAUCACUACAGACGAGAUCACCUUGUUAUUGAAAGAUUCUUCAGUGAACAUUUCUAUAUCUAUGGCUAGCGUGUGUAAAUACAGUGUGUGGGAGGAGCCUAUGUUGAGUGGGUGUGGCCUGGUUAAGGACAACGAGGAUCCACCCCCUUCUCUGCUCCUCUUUUGGCUGUCUGAUGCCCAGGCACACCAAUUACACAAUGACCUGUCUGUCAUCCUGUCAGGCACAAGUCCAGCCGAAGGCAGUGUGUGUUUGUUGCUGUGUUUGGCUGAAUGUCUAGCUGGUGUUGACAGUGCGAUCUUGGCCUCCUUAAUGGACUUUGUGGUUCUAAAUCAGAGCAGUUCCCAACUCCAGGCCGCCCUCACACAGCAGGAAAGUCUGGAACUGCUUCUGAGCUCCCAUGAAACACACCUUCUCCAACUGUUGACGCCCAAAACUGAUCUGCAAACCAGCACUGCUGAACAUACUGCUGUAUCUGCUGUGAAGUCUCAGGAUUCUGAUGUGCAGUUGGAGCCAGUUUACACGCUGUGCCACAGAAGAGCUCAGGGUUCAUACAGUGUUACCUUGGAACCUACCCUUGGGGCAGAAUGGGCACCGUACCGACACUGUGGUCCGGCACGCAGGUUGAUUCAGUUCCCUCCUCCACCCUCGAAAGGAGCCAUCACCGUGACGACAGAGGACCUGGAGUGUUUAGACAGUGGCGAGUUUCUUAAUGAUGUCAUCAUCGACUUCUACCUCAAGUAUCUUUUGGUGCAAAAGGCCCCGCAAGCUUCUGUAGACAGAUCUCAUGUUUUCAGCAGUUUUUUCUAUAAACAGCUCACACGCAGAGACAAUGCUAAUGAGGACAGUACAAGCACACCAGCUCAGGUCAGAAGGCAUCAGCGUGUGAGGACAUGGACGCGUCAUGUAGACAUCUUUGAUAAAGACUUCCUGUUUGUGCCUGUCAAUCAAGAAGCUCACUGGUAUCUCGUGGUGAUCUGUUUCCCUGGGUUAGAAGAGCCACAGUAUGUGAAGAGGGUUGGCGGAGGCUCUGUGCAGGGUGAUGGAGGUGAAGGUUUGGGUGAGUCUGAGGGUGAGGUUCAUGGAGAGAGUAGAUCCAGCGGUGAUGAGGACAAAGAUGACAGUCGUAUAAAGACAAGCACAUCUCUUCAUCUUCCUGACUGUACCGAAAAUACCUGCAAGAAACAAAUUGUGUGUAAAAGACCAUGCAUUCUCAUCAUGGAUUCCCUUAAGUUGUCUGUUCAUGAACGUAUCUUCAAACUCUUGCGAGAAUACCUUCAGGUGGAGUGGGUGACAAAAAGAGGUUUUUGUCGUGACUUUAGUGUUGAGCGCAUGAUAGGUGUCCACUGCAGAGUCCCCCUACAGGACAACAGCAGUGACUGUGGCCUUUACCUGCUACAAUAUGCAGAAAGUUUUUUACAGGAUCCUGUGGUACACUUUGACUUGCCAUUGAGAUUGGAGCGCUGGUUUCCACGGCAACAGGUGCGACGUAAACGGGAGGAGAUUCGAGACCUCAUCCUACACCUGUACAGAUUUCAGCAAGGCUCUCUGGGACAUGAAGCUCUACAAGAUAGGACAGAUUAUGGAAAUGUCAUUCAGUGAUGUGAAGCUUUUAGGUUCACAUGAUUAUUUUACGCUAGAUAUAUUUAUAUUUUAGCUGUUUUUGAACUUUUAUAUUAAUUUUAUGCUUUUGUAAUACAUUGUUGGAAACACUUUAGAAGGAAAUAAAUGUCCAUAAAAUGAU